UUCUCGGCGCGCAACGUAUUCCGCGCUCUUUCUGCUCACUCCUAUCUCACAUCGAAAAAAAUAUCCAUUCACCCCUAACUUAAUAAAAUAUAUUCAUAUCACCGUAUCAUACCCAUUGAAAAUAGUGCCGUCUAAAUACUUUUUAAUUCCCCAAUUCAAUCUUAUUCUAUUCUAUUAUUUAUUUCCUUUUUCUCCUUCGUUUGGAUUAUAUCACUUGCUUAUGCGAUUUUAUUUGUGACCGGAUCGCGAUUUCAUUAUUUUAAGCGUCUAGUGUGACGGAUUAAAUACUGAUUAUAAAUUUCGUAUGGAAUUAUCUAACAGUGAACUGUGAACUUUUUGUGAGUGAAUUGUGGAUGACAUUAAGGACAACUAUUGGGGAAACAAUGUGGCAUGAUAGUUGAGGGGGUAAGACUGAAAAAAAAUCACGGGAAACAUGGCGGAUGUACCGGAGGGCUGAGUAGAGGGAUAACUAAUUAACUGAAAUGCCGCAGCUGAGUUGGUCUGCACUGGCUGUUAUAGCCGUCUUCGGGGCCAUUUUCAUAAUGGCAAUAUCGGAGACGGAGAGUAGAAGCAGUAGUACAUUUGAAAACAUUCAUCAUCGAGCGAAUAAGAGUGUCACCUCAUCUUCCUCGGGUACACGAUGCUCUGGAAAACAUACAAUCGAAGUCGUCGUGAAUGGCGGUAACUGGAGGACCAUCGACCAAAUAGAAGGUGAUCGUGCUACCACACAUAAACCUGAGAGACUUUCCAUUUACCAGUGGAAAUAUACAAACAGCCCGAGUGAAAGAACGUCCCGAAAAUUAAAAAAAAACGAGAAACUAUUCGUAAAAAUGAAACUAGAGUCGCUAGAAAUUCCAAUCAUCUCACCUGACAUUGGAUUGAGCAAGAGGGAGGUUUACAAAAAAUCUCGUGACAAGAGAACUUUCAAGGAGGACAUUGUCGGGAUGACAGAGGGUCACAGACUAUUCUCAAAUCAAUUGGAGGAGGAUGAAUUGCCGUUUGCCAAGGAUACACUUUUACCACUAGACGAAGAGAAAGCUCUUUCAACAUCAACCGAGUCGUAUGAGACAUCAAAUAGUGAUACAGACACAUCUGGAAGCCACACCGAUACGACAACAGAAAGUGAUAAUGAUGGUAUGGGAAAUCUCUACUCGUCAAAUAGCUCGAUAUUAGUAUCAAUAACAUCUAUAAUAUCUCAAGUAAGAAGUGAAAAGCUGGUGUAUCAGACCAAUACGACAGAAUCCUCUGUCGAUAAUUCAUUUCCUCCUCCAAAUGUCAUUGAUUCAACCGAGGGCACCCUAGAAUCACCGUUGAACGUUUCAACUCAGAGCAAUGCACAGGAUGGCAAGUUUACCCCAGCAAACCGCAAAGAAAAAUCAUGGGAUGGAAGCGCAGUUGACAGUAGAAGUUAUUCGAGAAAGGACCACUCCAAGGCAUCCAUUAAUCUUCUUGAGAGUCAGCCAAAUAAGGUAUUCUAUGAGAUCAAACCCUCGCUCAAUACAGCCAUGGGGGCUGACAAUGAGGCCACCAGCACCUAUAUCCCACCAAUGUGGACAACAAAACACCAUUUUUUGGGAUUUAAACUGCCAAGUGUACCAAGCUCCUUUGGGAAAUUCGGACCUUUCUUCGUGGAUGAGGUGGAUCAUCGUAAUAUCACUGAAAGAAUCGGUAGCAUUGUUCAGCUUGACUGCAGAAUUGGACUCCUCGGAGACAAAAAGGUGACCUGGUUUCAACCCAAUAAGGACUCCAUCCGACUCCUCACAGUUGGAAAUGGCCAGUACAGCGCGGACGAACGGAUUAGCCUCAAAUUCCAAUAUCCCGACAAUUGGAGGCUCCAAAUCGCUUAUGCAACCCUUCGAGACACCGGAAUAUACAAAUGUCAGGUGGAAAUCGAUCCCACCAACUUCAUGGUUAAAACAUACCACGUUCUGGUAACAGCUCCCACUCUGAAUAUAACGGACGAUUCUGGGCGAAUGAUAUCAGGGGAGAGACACCUAAAGGCGGGUAGUACCCUCAGGCUAAGGUGUGAGGGUAGAGAUGUACUAGAGAGACUCAACGAAUCUUUACUAUGGACAAGGGGAGAUGAAAUUCUCACUACAGACGUCAGCGAAAAUAGAACGAGUGAACUAGUGGGCAACAAGGAGAUUCCAGUGAUAUCAAGUAUACUUGUAGUUGAGAAAGCAUCACCAAGACAUACUGGCAACUACAGCUGCAUCGUACCGGAAAGAGCCAAGACCACCAUAGCUGUUCACGUUUUGAACGGAGAACUUCCGGCUGCUGUACAUCAUGGCAGCGGUGUUUCCAGUGCUGUACUCAAUCUCUGGUUAAUUCACUUAACUGUGAGUUACGGAUUUUUCAGAUGACAAUGCUAAGAAACAUGAAUGACGAACUGGAAUUUCGGCUUUCUGGUGGUACCGAGGGGAAUGCUGUGGAUAAGGAUCGACAUCGAAGGUGAAAAAAUGGCGCAAAGCGAAUCCUGUAAUUCAUAUACAUGUACAUAAAUGUAACUUGAGACAGCGCAUACGAGAAGAAACGGAAGAGCGCAAGCAGAUCGUUGGUGCCGAGCUGGCACGAAAAUUUAUAACCAAUAUGCUUUUUCCCCGAGCGGAUGGGGCAUAUUUCAUGAGCGGAAGCUAGUCGUUUCCGCCUUUGAAUUUUCUUCAGCCAUCAUGAAUCACUCCAUUGGUUUUCCUUCAUAUUAUUUAUUUAUCUCUCUCCAUAUUGACAAUUUUCUCACACGAGAAACAAAUGCUUAUUAUUAUUACCCCCUCCUAAUUUAGAUAGGUAAUUGAAUUAAUGAAUAUAUAUUGACUGAUUAGUAAGUACGGAAUAAUCAACGAUUAUUUCCGGUUUGAAUUAUAAAAAAAAAUAAUAGAAAAAUGCUGGUGCGAUUGGUAAUGAAGGUGGAUUGUUAGUGGUUGAAUGGAAAAUGCGAAUGGAGUGAAAAGGCCCGGGAUGAGACACGCAAAGGGCAUUCUGGGGUUGUGGUCUUGUACCAGUGAAUAUAACCCACCUCAUCUUGAUGCGCAAAAUCGGCUCGACCUAAUUAGAGCAAUGGUAACGUAACGCUAAUGGUCCAGAGUUACUGGUCGAUUGGCAUUCAUGAAGAGCCCGUUGCCAACCACCUUCUCACGAUUAACGCUAACCACAUAGUCCUUUCUCACUGAUGAGUCUUGACAGUCUUCAAAGUCCUCACAUUCAUAUUAUUAGUUCAUAUUCCAGGGGAAUAACUCAAUGGCCUCUUGUGUAUUCCAUUUUCCAAUUUCCCAUUGUAUAUUCGAUGAAUGAGAAUUAACUCUGCGUUGGCAAAAAUAUUGUCGGAUUUUGUUUGCACGAGGGUAACGUAUCAGAGACAGAAGGGCGUCAGGGCUCAACAAUAAAUAAAACAUGAGAAACAAGAGCUGAGUGAAUUCAUACAUAUUGCGUCGAUUUUAUCUAUCAAUAAGUAUCAGUCGUAACAAGAUUAUAUUUUUAUAUGUAAAUAUGUCAUUGUUCCUUAUUGUUAUUUCCCUAAGAUAAGUGGAUAUUCACAUAGUUAUUUGAAUUACACGGAAAUACCAGAGGAGAGUACAUUGCUACUGACUUUGUUACAAUUCGGGACCACCCGGUGAGGGGGGAAAAUUCUGUUACGAUCUGCUUUUAAUGUUUUCCAAGAAAAAUUUUCGUCAUUUAAAUUGUACAGUUGAUGGGCACAAAUUAGAGAGCUCUCAACUUUUGUUCUUGUAAAUGUGUUAACUACUAUUUUAAUGACGUUGACCAGUCAGAAUCAAUUUACAUACUGAAAAUACCGAAACGAGAGUGAAUUUUCUAGGGGCGAGAAGUACCAACUGUUACAUCCACCGCGUUGAUUGUAUCAUUAAUUUUUUCAGAUGCUAUGCAACAACUUCGAUCGUUAUUCAGUGAAUACAUUGUUAAUACAAUUGCCAUCAGACCCUGUCUUCACAAUGAUUCCUGAUUAACAAGAUCUGUCUUCACAAUUAUAAGAUAAUCUGAGAGAACCACUUAAUCUGAAUAGAAAAAAUACUUGACCUCGUGUUGAACGCUAGGUGAAUCAUUAAUCAAAUUAAAAUCAUGAAUUUUCCAACGCCCGUUCACCCAUCGUCAGAUAAAAUUACGUCAAUUCAUUGGUAUUUUAUAAACCGAUAACCAUCAAUUGUAAAUACUCAUAUCACAUUUCUCCUUAUUCUAAAUUCAAGUGUAAUCCCCAGCUGUCCGGUACUUUCCAAUUAAACUCGAUUACUUUCUGCGAUUAAAUCCUCCGAGGAUAUAAUUCAUAGGAAUAAAGCUCAAUCAUAAUCCAUCAAUUACACUCGUAAUUCAACUGCAUCCCAGGAAUGAUUUUUCCAUUUUUUUUUCUCUCUUUUUCUACAACAGGUCGUUCUACUUCAACUGGCGGAUGAAAAAAAAAAAAAUUCAAUUGAAAAAUUCUGUAUCGUCAAAUCGAUUGCAGUGAGCAGCAAAGGAGUAAUUUACGGCAUUCGUUUAUUUUCUGUUGGAAAAACUGCUUGAAGCAUUCGAACGAAAAUUCCAUGGACGCAAAACGUGGAGAAUCCGUCUUUUCGUACAUACUCUACUACCACACACUGUGCCCCUGCUUAUAACGUCCAAUCUACUGCUACAAAUAUACGCUCGACAAACCAUGUGUCUCACACUCGAUCACUCGUCCACGUUUGUCCGGAUAUCCCCGGUUCUUCUACUUCCGUAAAUUGCGAUUCCAGCGUACUCUUUUUUUUCAUCCUUUUCCCCCAAGCCUUUGAAAAUGCUUCCCCCAUCGCUUGUGAUGUUCUUUCCAUCUUUUCCGUUUGGCAUGUGUGCGGGAGAAAAAGACAACCCCAUACUUCUUCACUUCUAUUCCCGCUUUCUUUCCAUCUUUUUUUUUUUAUCUUCCAUCGACAGAAAUGGGCCCUCAUCAAUCUCACGAAAUCAUUUCAUCAAGUCCACUCUAAUUCUCGAUGAGAUUCAAUCAAAUUUUUUCAUUCCACUCGACUAUGUGAAAACAUAAUCUCCAACUGAGAGCAUACGUUAUUAUUAUGAAUAUUUCAACUUAUAAUGUCAUUGUAUAGUUGUUUAUAUGUAAAAGAAAAUACAUCCAGGAAUUUAUUGUAAUGGGAAAGUUUAUAAUAUCGCUUUGAACGAUAUAAUUAUAUCAUUGCAAUGCAUGUGAUGAUGGAAUGUUACAUGUAUGAUUACUGUUGGAAUGCGAGAAUGAACAAGUGUUAUUGAACUACUGUACAGGCAAUUGAAUUGUAUA